AUGGUUGAUCUACACAGUCUUCCUGAAGAGCUUUUGACACUGAUUCUAGAGGAACUGGACAUGUUAGACGUAUCAUCAUGCGCGCAGGUCUGCCAUCGUUUCAGGCAAAUCAUACAGAGUUCCAUGCGCAUCCGUUACAAAAUUGAGCUUCUACUCUCCGACAUGGUUGAUGGAAGAUUGCAUGAUCUGUCCACAGCAGAGAAACUUGACAAACUACGGGUGCAUCAAGAGGGUUGGCGCGACAUGAAUCUCACCUACACCUGGCCCGUUGAAUGCGCUGAGGCGUCUUGGGCGUAUUCCUCGGGCAUGCUCGCACAGAUAUCUGAGAACGGCUCGCUCUCCAUAUACCAGACACCCUCUAGAAUUAGGGAGAUACCAGAGCAACCGCCGAGCGUUCGAGUCGGCUUUGCCGAAUUCUCUGUUUUCAUGUUCGAGGUUGACUACGAGCAGGACCUUGUUAUUCUUGUUGAGGCUGUGCAAGUAAACACGGGUGACAUUUACCCCCGUCAACUGUCCAAGAACGCUCAACCGCAUCGUGAUGCUGCAGUGCCUCGUCUAAGCGCGCCACAAUUUCCUGAUGACUGCGUAUGUUCACUCUAUGUUCACAAAGAUUUGAUCGGGUGGCUCGUCGUCGACUUCGAUGAAGAGAUCUCCAGUCUACAAGUGUGGAACUGGAGGACUGGAGUUCUCGUUUGGCACCUAUUUAGCCAAUCGCCCCGGCCGUACGCCACAUCCUUUGUCUUUCUGGACAGUCGGCAUGUCAUGUGUGCUCAUCUUGAUCGGCUGGUGGUAUACGGGUUUGAUCCCCACUGGCAGUCGGAAGUUUGCGGCACGCUAGAUAAAUUCGAAUUCGCGAUGGAGUUUCCCGUCCUCGCAGAAGGCGCGCGUACCCUGCGCGCAAUGGUUUUCGCGCAGAACAAUUCCGCCGUCCGGCCACAUCCUUCACUGCGAGUCCCCUUCCACACGCUCGAUACCCAUACGCUUCUUAUGGUCAUGAUGGUCAUCGGUCGGCCGCCCCCACAUCAGAAUGAAUGUGCCACCUUCGUCAUUUUCUUACCGGCAUCAACUGUGUCAUCGUACCUGCAACGAGCCGGCAAUCACGCAACAGCCUAUCCAUGGACCGAGUGGGGACCAAAGAACACGCGCGCUAUAGAGGUCAUCUCGCAGCAUGUAGACUGGUUCUCGGAUGUACGAGGCUCGAAAGGCAUGGUGGCAUACAUGGAGGAUCCAGCAAUGAAGGUACUCACUGUCGACUUAUAUGAGUUCAACCAACGCGCUAUACACCGGGACUGGAAACGGCUCUCCGAAGACGAGCGUACACGUACGACGGCGUUUCAAAUGAAGUCGAGCAUCAUUGAAGCGCCUGAAUACUUCCGAGACGCACUUGACACUUCUCUGCCGUAUCGGCGAAGCCGCACGCGCAUAACGACGAUGUUUACGGGCCUUGAGGCGAUGGAGCAUGAUUUGUUGAUGGAUGCGCUGCUCAUUGAAGAUGGUGUCAUGGUGUUCUCAUCUGAUACGCAUUGUCAGUUCUACACCUUCUAA